AUGGUUUCAUUGAUGUCUGUGGCUGUGUGUCUGUUGACAUCGCUUGUGAGCAGCCAACGCGCUCCCACGUGGGAGGAGUGUGACUGUGAAUGGGACAACUGGAAUCCUUGGUCCACUUGUGAUGCUCAGUGUUUUGGGAAGCAGCAACGCUCAAGAAAUGUUUGGAUGAUCGACAGUUGUUCGGGUUUCGAGUACUGCGAUGCUGGAGCAGGGGGCUACGAUGAUCAAGCCUGCAACACUGUCUGCACACAUGGUUCAUAUGACUCAUCAUCUGGUGGGUGUCAGUGCCCGGGUGGGAGAUACGGACAGUGCUGCACCGACGUCGCUGAAUCCUGCAACAGCAACCCCUGCCAGAAUGGAGCCACGUGUGUGAACGGCCUGGAGCUGUACACGUGUGUUUGUCCGCCUGGAUGGUCAGGGGUCAACUGUGAAGCAGACGUGCAACCCCCUGUAAUGAGUGGCUGUGAAAACAAGACAGAUCUCAAUACAGCUGACCACCAACUGACCCACGAGUGGACAGUGCCAACCUUCACAGACCCACUUGAUAACGAAGUCACUACGACAUCCAACUACGUCAGCAACUCCUACCGCUUCCCCUGGGGCGACUUCUUCGUCCAGUACGUGGCCACCAAGACAAACAAUGGUUUACAGAAGGAGUGCAAGUUUCAAAUCAACGUCCGACCCUAUCCCUGUGACGAGCUAUCCGUACCUACCUUUGGCUACGUGGCCUGCAAUGGUUGGCGAACUGAUUUUGGCCAAUAUUGUCUGAUUGGCUGCAGAGCUAACUACACUCUACCACGUGACAUUAGUGAAGACCGCUGGUAUGUGUGUGGAGCCAGUGGGAUGUGGUCAUCUGAUCCUGGGAUGUUCCAGUGUGAAGAUGUCGCCAACGUGCAGAGUAUUUCCGGUGGCAUCCUCGGCAGUCCUGACACUUGUGAUGACGUCACAUCCGUACAAGAACUCUACAUCUCAGAACUGGAGAAAUCUAACCAUAAUUCUGUGUGUCGAAAACACCACGACCUUUGUAGUGCAGAAAAUGUUAGUGUGAGAUGUCGAUGAUGUAAUGCCCAAAACGCAGAUUGACCAAUUACUUGUAUAAUGCAUUUGACAAUGAAGUUCAAAAUCUGAUGUAAAAGUCCUGCUGGUUAUUCAUAUUCACCGAAAAUGGAAAUAUUUUGGCUGUA